AUGAGACACGAGCUAACUGAAAGCUGGUUCUGUAUUGCUACGCAAGCACGCAACCGCGUGCUGAUGACUGUAUUUGCGUCACUUCGGUCGGUUUUUGGUGAUGUGAAUUCACGCGCAGUCGAACACGGAUAUUUGGGAGAGGACAUAUGUUUGAUUGAACGUGACCUGGCGUUAUAUUUGCUCGUUACCUCGGAAGUAGCAGGAGAUAUGUGGAUGAGAAAAUAUGGUUUGGUAAAAUUAAAAAAGGGAUUUUUCUCGAGAAUGGGAGCAACUGUAAGAUAUUAUAUGGAUGGUGAAGAUAAUAGUUCAGCACCUUUUAAGAUUGCAAUUUGUGGAAAGGAAGGAAGUAACACUGACCUAUUCAUUUCUCUUUCUGUUCGACAGAGCUUCGUGGAUUUGGAAAAUGGUGCUUUGUGGCCUUUACAGGUGACAGUAACUCGCCUAUCAACUGAGUCGCCAAUGUCGCUGGAUGAUGAACUAGCACCUGAAGAGUUAUCAUUUGUUGGCUUCAAUCAGGAUGCUACAUCGCUUGCUUUGGGUGCAGCAUCCAGCUAUGCAUUGUAUUCAAUCAAGAAAACUGAUAAACUUGAUUUAAUUCACGAAAGUUAUAGACAGUUUUCAGAUGACAAAAAGAAAAGUGUAGAAGUCUCCGAGAUUAUGCUUAUUGAGCGUCUCUUUUCAUCCAGUCUUUUAAUGCUGGUAUCAACGCAAGCACCGCGUAAACUACGGAUUUAUCAUUUCCAAAAAAACAAUGAGAUUUGUGCUCAAAGUUACACAAAUACAGUACUAGCAGUAAGAUUAAAUCGUGAUGCCGAUAUUUUUCCGGUCAUUCAUACAAUUCGUGAUACGCCUUCAAAUAUUAGUGGAAUCGUCGAUCUGUCUUCGACAGUCAAUUCUUUUUUAGCUUAUCCGGGCUCAAUCAACAAUGGCCACGUUCAAUUAUUUGACGUGACACGUUUGAAUUCGAUGAAUACGAUUUCGGCGCAUACCAGUCCAUUGGCGGCAUUACGUUUCAGUUAUGACGGCAAAAAGUUGGCUACUGCUUCAACCCGCGGUACUGUAAUUCGUGUAUUCGACACUGAAUCAGGAGAUCGAUUGUAUGAGUUCACACGGGGCGUUAAAAGGUUUGUGAGCAUUUAUUCAAUGGCAUUUAGUAUCGAUGGUAACUAUUUAUGCUCUUCAAGUAAUACCGAAACGGUUCAUGUGUUCAGAUUGGAGCCGACAGCUGAUCCAAUAAAUGAAAAUGAAGAUGAUGAGGAACAAGGAUGGGUAGAUUAUUUGUCAAAACAAGCGAGCAGCUAUUUGCCAACACAAAUGAAUGAUCUUUGGAUGCGAGGAAAAAGUUUUGCUACUGCAAGAUUGCCAUCAAUUGGGAAACGGAAUGCGGUUGCGCUACCAUUUCACAAUUCUAAAGUUGAUUAUUGGAAUGGUGGAAUACUUAUUGCCAUUUUCAGAAUUAAUGGCAAACUACAUUUGCUGGUUGCAACGACUGAUGGUUUCGUAUACAUAUAUCCGGUAGAGGCGGAAGGAGGUGAACUGACAUUGUUACGACAACAUAAAGUCAGCAUAAAGUAUUCUCCAGUAGUCCAUGCAAAUGAUCCAUCUGACAAUCAAACUAGCGAAGAUAACGAUGGAACGAGAAAUGAAGAAGGGCAGACUCUAGAUAGGCAGAUAGUAGACAACUUUCCGCCUUUGAAUCAUUCCACUUCAUAG